UUCUACAAAAAACGUUCUACCAUGGCUUCUGAACAACAAGAAGAAGAGUCAAAAACCAUUUCCCUCAAAAUCUUAGUGGACAAACAAAGCAACAAAGUUGUAUUUGUGGAAACAACUAAUGACUUUGUUGACACUCUUUUCAGUUUCCUAUCUCUACCACUUGCUACCAUCUUUCGCCUUUUAGCCACCAAUAACACUAACAAUUACCAACAACUCUCAGAAUCAUCACCAUUCCUUGCCAACAUCAACAACCUCUACCAAACCGUACAAAACACUACCUCGAAUGAUGUUUGGAACAACCCUGUCUGCAAAGAAAUGUUGCUGCAUCCUGGGAAUCCAUGUGAAUCUCAAUGCAUGAAGUUAUUCUUGAAUGUAAAUGAACCAUCAAGUAAGUUUUAUGUGUGUACUUCUUGUUACAAGUUUACUACUUUUCAAAAUCUUCACUGUGCAUGUGGAAAACCAAUUACUAGACAGCCUGAGAAUUUGGAUUCUAAGGGUCAGGGGAAUAAUUGCCAAAAUGGGGUAUUUGUUAGAGAAAACGGAUCAAUGUUUCUGGUGUCUGAUGAUUUGAAGAUUUUGCCUAGUUCCUCUGUGACUUACUUGCAGCUGUUGAUGGAAUCGGGGCAUUCAGACUCAACUCAACUCGAGGAAGUCACACACAACAUUGGCAAGCAGGAGAUAUUGAACCUCCUCAAGUAUAGCUUAAUCUCUCAUGAGCCUCUAACAAAUACUAUUUUGAAAAGUUGCUCCAAGAACAAAGGCAACUCACACAACCCAUCUGCAGUAGCAGUAAAAGUAGUGCCUUGCACUAGUAAGAAAAGUAAAAUCGAUAUUAAGGUAGUACAAAGUAAAUCUUUGAAAAAGUUGAUCUUUACAGAGGCCAAUGGAGAUUUUGUUGACUUCAUUUUUAGCUUCCUUACUAUUCCUUUAGGGUCCAUUGUGAAACUUUUGGGAGCUAACUCUUUUGCUGGAUGUGUUGGUAAUUUGUACAAGAGUGUGGAGAACUUGGACCCCACUUCUGUGUUACUGAAUCCUGGUGUAGCACCACAGUCUGGUUAUCCAAACCAGCCCCUCGACAUUCCUCAUGUAGAACACCCUGCUUAUUUUUAUGAAACAUUUUACAUCGGCAAAACGAAAGGAUGGUUUACUAAGGACAAGAGUUCAUUGAUAAGAGCAAGACAAUUGAUUGCAAUGGACCCAAGAGAAGGUGCUGUGGGAUUUGUGAAGAGAGCAGCAUUAUAUGGUGUAGAAGAUGAUCUAAAAGUAAAGCCACUCUCUGCUAAUUCUUUCCUUUCUUAUUUGAAUGAAUUAAGCCUUUCCUUUGAUGAUCUUGAAGUGAAGGUGAUAAGCAUUGGUGAAGCUGAGGCUUUGAAGUUCCUUGCAGCAUUUUUGACAUCAAAAUUUACCUUGACUAGUGGACUACAAGACUUUCUGAAUGUGCCUAAACAAGAAUCGACUCUUUUGAAAGUGCCUAAACAAGAAUCAACUUUGACAUCAAAGUAAAAACAAACUACUAGUUUGUUAAUUAUCAAUCUGUUGCAGUUUCAGCUUGUGUUUUCAACAGGAUCCAGAAGAUCUUGCAGUUUCUGUAGUUUGUGGUUUUCCUUUCUGUUUCUACUAAAUUGAA